AACCAUGUGAGGAACCUCGCCAGGGCAAGGGACACCUACAGGGAGCUUGGAAGUUCACCUUCCCCUUCUCUUUACUACUCUGCCCCAGGAUGGAUCAGAGGAAAAACUGGCCUCGGAUGCUGGACUCCGAUGGCUGGUCAGCAGCUGUGUUGUUUCUCUUUUUGGUCGCACUUUCCCGGCACGCAGCCGGGACUGUCCUGUUCAACACCUUCCACUCCGAGAACCGUGACUGGACUUUCAACCACCUGACCGUCCACCAGCGCUCUGGGGCAGUCUACAUUGGAGCCAUCAACCGGGUAUACAAGCUGUCCGGCAACUUGACAAUGCUGGUGGCUCACAAGACUGGCCCGGAGGAAGACAACAAGUCUUGCUACCCGCCCCUCAUUGUCCAGCCUUGCAGCGAGAUCCUCACCAUCACCAAUAACGUGAACAAGCUGUUGAUCAUCGACUACUCGGAGAACCGGCUGCUGGCCUGCGGGAGCCUCUACCAGGGCGUCUGCAAACUGCUGCGGCUGGACGACCUUUUCAUCUUGGUAGAGCCUUCCCACAAAAAGGAGCACUACCUCUCUAGCGUCAACAAGACGGGCACCAUGUACGGGGUGAUCGUGCGCUCCGAGGGCGAGGACGGCAAGCUCUUCAUCGGCACAGCGGUGGACGGGAAGCAGGAUUACUUUCCCACCCUUUCCAGCCGCAAGCUGCCGCGGGACCCAGAGUCAUCGGCCAUGUUGGAUUACGAGCUGCACAGUGACUUUGUCUCAUCGCUCAUCAAGAUCCCCUCGGACACGCUGGCCCUAGUCUCACACUUCGACAUCUUCUACAUCUAUGGGUUUGCCAGUGGCAAUUUUGUCUACUUCCUGACCGUGCAACCCGAGACCCCUGAGGGAGUCUCCAUCAACUCAGCCAAUGACCUCUUCUACACGUCCCGCAUUGUCCGCCUCUGCAAGGAUGACCCCAAGUUCCACUCCUACGUCUCGCUGCCUUUUGGCUGUGUCAAAGGGGAUGUGGAGUACCGCCUCCUGCAAGCAGCUUAUCUCUCCAAGCCAGGGGACGUACUGGCCAACGCCCUCAACAUCACAGCCCAGGAUGACAUUCUUUUUGCCAUCUUCUCCAAGGGGCAGAAGCAGUAUCACCAGCCUCCUGAUGACUCAGCUCUUUGCAUUUUCCCCAUCCGCACCAUCAACACUCAGAUCAAGGAGCGCCUGCAAUCCUGUUACCAGGGGGAAGGCAACUUGGAACUUAACUGGCUGCUGGGGAAGGAUGUCCAGUGCACCAAAGCGCCAGUCCCGAUCGACGACAACUUUUGCGGACUGGAUAUUAACCAGCCCCUGGGCGGCUCCACACCAGUCGAGGGCGUGACCCUCUUCACCACCAACCGCGACCGGAUGACCUCGGUCGCUUCGUACGUCUAUAACGGCUACAGCGUAGUGUUCGUGGGGACGAAGAGUGGCAAGCUCAAGAAGAUCCGAGCAGAUGGGCCUCCCCAUGGCGGAAUUCAAUAUGAAAUGGUUCCAGUUUUCAAGGAUGGGAGCCCUAUCCUUCGAGACAUGGCCUUCUCUGUUGACCAGAAGUAUCUGUAUGUCAUGUCGGAGAGACAGGUGUCCCGGGUUCCCGUGGAAUCCUGUGAGCAAUACACAACCUGUGCGGAAUGUCUGAGCUCAGAAGACCCUCACUGUGGCUGGUGCUCUCUUCACCAUAUGUGCUCCCGGAAGGACAAGUGCGAGCGAGCAGACGAGCCGUCACGAUUUGCAGCCAGCCUCAGCCAGUGCAUGAGGGUCACCGUGCGGCCCAGCAGCAUCUCUGUGUCUGAGCACAGCCUUCCGCUCAGCAUGCUGGUAAGUGACGCACCAGAUCUGUCAGCUGGAAUAACCUGUCUCUUUGGAAACCUCACUGAGGUGGAAGGCCAAGUUUCCGGCAGCCAGGUUGUCUGCAUUUCGCCGGCGGCUAAAGAUGUCCCCACCAUCCCUGUGGACCAAGACUGGUUCGGGUUGGAGCUCCAGCUGAAAUCCAAGGAGACAGGCAAAACGUUCGUCAGCACGGAGUUCAAAUUCUACAACUGCAGUGCUCACCAAUUGUGCCUCUCUUGUGUGAACAGUGCUUUCCGCUGCCACUGGUGCAAAUACCGCAACCUCUGCACUCAUGACCCCACAACUUGCUCGUUUCAGGAAGGACGGAUCAAUGUUUCUGAGGACUGCCCACAGCUGUUUCCCACAGAAGAGAUUCUGAUCCCGGUGGGGGAGGUGAAGCCCAUCACACUGAAAGCCAGAAACCUGCCCCAGCCCCAGUCUGGCCAGCGUGGGUAUGAAUGUGUCCUCAACAUCCAAGGAGUUAUUCAUCGGGUACCAGCUCUACGCUUCAACAGCUCCAGCGUCCAAUGCCAGAACAGUUCGUAUCUCUAUGACGGGAUGGACAUAAGCAACUUAGCAGUGGAUUUUGCUGUGGUUUGGAAUGGAAACUUCAUUAUUGACAACCCAGAGGAUUUGAAAGUUCAUCUGUACAAAUGCGCUGCCCAGCGGGAGAGCUGCGGCCUGUGCCUGAAAGCAGAUCAGAAAUUCGAGUGCGGCUGGUGCAGCGGAGAGGCCAAGUGCACCCUCCGGCAGCACUGCAGCUCCCCCAUUCACCCUUGGCUCGACUGGUCCAGCAGAAACGUCAAAUGUUCCAAUCCCCGCAUCACCGAGAUCCUGACGGUGUCAGGGCCCCCCGAAGGAGGGACACGAGUGACCAUCCACGGCGUGAACCUGGGCCUGGAUUUCUCCGAGAUUGCCCACAGCGUGCAGGUGGCGGGGGUGCAGUGCACACCCCUGCGGGAGCAGUACAUCAUCGCAGAGCAGAUUGUGUGUGAGAUGGGGCAGGCACUCCCAGGGAUCAGCUCGGGGCCAGUGCUCCUCUGCAUUGGAGAGUGCAAACCUGAGUUCAUGGCCAAGUCCUCCCAACAGUACACGUUUGUGAAUCCAGCUGUGAUCUCCCUGAGCCCCAGCCGCGGCCCGGAGUCAGGAGGGACCAUGGUGACCAUCAGUGGUCACUACCUGGGUGCCGGCAGCAGUGUGUCUGUGUUCCUGGGAAACCAGACCUGCGAAUUCUAUGGGAGGUCCAUGAGUGAGAUUGUGUGUGUCUCUGCUCCAUCAGCACAUGGCCUGGGCCUCGUCCCCGUCUCUGUGAGUGUGGACCGGGCACAGUUAGAGAGCACCCUGCAAUUUGAAUACAUUGAUGACCCAAGAGUGCAGCGCAUUGAACCUGAAUGGAGCAUAGCCAGCGGGCACACGCCUCUGACCGUCACGGGCUCCAAUCUGGAUGUGAUUCAGGAGCCGAGGAUCCGUGUGAAGUACAAUGGCAAGGAGUCUGUCAAUGUCUGUAAGAUUGUGAAUACAACGACCCUGACUUGCUUAGCCCCACCCCUCACUUCUGAGUACAGACCUGGCUUGGAUGCUGUCGAGCGACCGGACGAAUUUGGUUUUGUCUUUAACAACGUGCAAUCUCUGCUCAUCUAUAAUGACACUAAGUUUAUUUACUAUCCAAACCCAACAUUUGAACUUCUCAGCUCUACUGGGGUUUUGGAUCAGAAGCCAGGAUCGCCUAUCAUUCUCAAGGGCAAAAAUCUGUGCCCACCUGCUUCAGGAGGAGCAAAGCUCAACUAUACUGUCCUAAUUGGAGAUACCCCCUGCGCUGUUACUGUGUCUGAGACCCAGCUGCUGUGUGAGCCCCCCAACCUCACCGGGCAGCACAAAGUUAUGGUACACGUGGGCGGCAUCGUCUUCUCCCCUGGCUCGGUGAACGUGAUCUCGGACAGCCUGCUGACCUUGCCCGCCAUCGUCAGCAUUGCGGCGGGAGGGAGCCUGCUGCUCAUCAUUGUCAUCAUCGUCCUCAUCGCGUACAAGCGCAAGUCCCGGGAGAAUGACCUCACCCUCAAGAGGCUCCAGAUGCAGAUGGACAACCUGGAGUCUCGGGUGGCCCUAGAGUGCAAGGAGGCUUUUGCAGAGCUGCAGACAGACAUCAAUGAAUUAACCAGCGACCUGGAUCGCUCCGGGAUCCCAUACCUUGAUUAUCGGACGUAUGCCAUGAGGGUCCUUUUCCCUGGUAUUGAGGACCACCCCGUCCUGCGUGAGCUGGAGGUCCAAGGAAAUGGGCAGCAGAAUGUGGAGAAGGCCUUGAAGCUCUUUGCCCAGCUGAUCAACAACAAGGUGUUUCUGCUGACGUUCAUCCGGACCCUGGAGCUGCAGCGUAGCUUCUCCAUGCGUGACCGUGGCAACGUGGCUUCCCUUAUCAUGACAGGCCUGCAGGGAAAGCUGGAAUAUGCAACUGAUGUGCUGAAGCAGCUGCUCUCGGACCUGAUUGAGAAGAACCUGGAGAACAAGAAUCAUCCCAAACUGCUCCUGCGCAGGACUGAGUCUGUGGCUGAGAAGAUGUUGACUAACUGGUUUGCCUUUCUCCUCCACAAAUUCUUAAAGGAGUGCGCUGGGGAGCCCCUCUUCAUGCUGUACUGUGCCAUCAAGCAGCAGAUGGAGAAAGGGCCUAUUGACGCCAUCACGGGGGAGGCCCGCUAUUCUCUCAGUGAGGACAAGCUGAUCCGGCAGCAGAUUGAGUACAAAACAUUGAUCCUGAACUGUGUGAACCCCGAUAACGAGAACAGCCCCGAGAUCCCCGUGAAGGUGCUGAACUGCGACACCAUCACUCAGGUCAAAGAGAAGAUUCUGGACGCGGUGUACAAAAACGUCCCCUAUUCUCAAAGGCCAAGAGCUGUCGACAUGGACUUAGAGUGGCGCCAGGGCCGGAUAGCUCGUGUGGUCCUCCAGGAUGAAGACAUCACCACCAAGAUUGAAGGCGACUGGAAGCGGUUAAACACCCUGAUGCAUUAUCAGGUGUCAGACCGCUCCGUGGUGGCUCUCGUUCCUAAACAGACUUCCUCUUAUAACAUCCCUGCCUCCGCCAGCAUCUCUCGAACCUCCAUUAGUCGAUAUGAUUCAACGUUCCGGUACACAGGCAGCCCUGACAGUCUCCGCUCCAGGGCACCCAUGAUCACUCCUGACCUGGAGAGUGGAGUGAAAGUCUGGCACCUGGUCAAAAACCAUGACCACGGAGACCAGAAGGAGGGCGACCGGGGCAGUAAGAUGGUGUCAGAGAUCUAUCUGACUAGGCUCCUAGCUACGAAGGGUACGCUGCAGAAAUUCGUGGAUGACUUGUUCGAGACCUUGUUCAGUACGGUGCACCGAGGCAGCGCACUCCCACUGGCCAUCAAAUACAUGUUCGAUUUCCUGGAUGAGCAAGCCGAUAAGCACAGCAUCCACGACACAGAUGUGAGGCACACCUGGAAGAGCAAUUGGAUUAAAAGCUCCAUGGGUGAGAAACCUCUGGGGGAGGGAGAAACCAUAACAAUUGGUAGCCCCCUGAAGAUUUUUUAUAUUUUCCCCACCACCACCAAUCUCUCGCGGUUUAAAAAGCCUUUAAUCAUCAUGUCUGCAGAAGCCGGAUUCCCUGCUAAGGCUAUGGGAAGGUAAAAACAAUUUAUCGAAAGCUUUAGAAGAAGGAGCUAUUAGGGUAAAAUGUUUGAAUCCCGAAUAAAAUGACACUUCUUAAAGCUAAAAAGGGAAAUGGUGUCGAACAACAAAGGUUUUUCUACCACAGCCAUCAAACCCCAUGGGUUCUGGCGGCUGAUGGGUUCCCAGCCAUUGCAUGGCUUUGCAUGCAGGAACAAAGGACGAGUCAGGAGGACAGAGGUGUAAAUUCUAGUUUUCAAACUCAUCAUUACGUUGAGCCUUCACUGUGUCUUUACAUUUCUAUAGUGCUCUCCAAAUGUUAGCGAAUGCUCGCUAUGCCCCUGGGGGAGAGCCGAGCUUUGUCAGAGAGAGUAAUAGAGGCACUGAGCCAGGAAGUCAUUUGUCCCAGGUAUUAACUGGGUCAGUGUUAGGACUGGGAAUAGAAGUCCUAGCACUAUGCUCCAUUAACUAGAAAAGGACUAGGCAAGGCUCCUUUAAGACAGGAAAGGGUUAAAUCCUGGACUGCAUCAGAUCUCUUGAGGAAGCCCAACAGAAAAUUGAGACUUGGCCACCUGUUGGAAGGGGCAAGAGAGCUGGGGAGGUGUGCAGGGUGAGAUGUAGGGUAGAGCCAGCGUGACAGCUUGGGCUAGGGAGGAGGCUCUUGGAAGCAGUGUUUCCUUUAAUCUUUUCCAUUUAUGUGCAGAAUAAAUGUUUUUAAUGUGCACCAA